CGUGGGCAAGCAAGAUGGCGGAUGCCGGCGUGAAACCUGAGGUGAAGAACCUGCUAACAAACCCGAGUGGUUGGACCAGUUUACUGACUUUCUUUAUUUUAUCUCUAGCAUGCCUGGCAGGGUUUAGCUCCAGGCUUUUUGCCGUAAUUCGUUUUGAGAGCAUCAUUCACGAGUUUGAUCCAUGGUUUAACUACCGAGCCACACACUACAUGGUCACCCAUGGCUUCUAUAACUUUCUCAACUGGUUUGAUGACACAGCUUGGUAUCCACUGGGCAGGAUUGUUGGUGGAACGGUGUACCCUGGCCUCAUGGUCACCUCUGGUACAAUCCACUGGCUGCUCAAUCUCCUGAAUAUCCCUAUUCACAUCAGAGAUAUCUGUGUGUUUUUAGCUCCCAUGUUCAGUGGGUUGACUGCCAUAGCCACUUAUCUUCUCACCAAGGAAUUGUGGAGUGCAGGAGCAGGGCUGUUUGCUGCCUGCUUCAUAGCUAUAGUACCUGGUUAUAUCAGUAGAUCUGUGGCUGGGAGCUAUGACAAUGAAGGAAUUGCCAUAUUUGCACUCAUGUUUACAUAUUACCUAUGGAUAAAAUCUGUGAAGACGGGCACAGUAUAUUGGUCAAUGUUGUCAUCUUUAGCUUACUUUUAUAUGGUGUCAGCCUGGGGAGGCUAUGUGUUUAUCAUCAACCUUGUACCACUUCAUGUUUUUGUUCUCAUACUCAUGGGAAGGUUUUCUCGGAGAAUAUAUGUAGCGUACACAACAUUCUACAUUGUGGGUCUUGUGCUGUCCAUGCAGAUUCCCUUUGUUGGUUUUCAGCCAAUCAGAACCAGUGAACACAUGGCAGCAGCAGGUGUGUUUGCCCUCCUCCAAGCCUAUGCCGCUUUGCAAUAUAUACAGACAUACAUGACAAAGACACAGUUCCGGAACUUCUUCCUAUUAGCAUUAGCUGGGGCAGCUGGUCUUGUAUUCCUGGCAGUGAUAGGCUUAACAUGGCUAGGUUACAUUGCUCCGUGGAGCGGACGUUUCUACUCCCUUUGGGACACUGGUUAUGCCAAGAUCCACAUUCCCAUUAUUGCCUCGGUGUCGGAGCAUCAGCCCACCACCUGGGUCUCGUUCUUCUUUGACCUCCAUGUCCUGAUUGCAGUCUUCCCUGCAGGCGUCUGGUUCGUUAUCAAGGAGAUUAACGAUGAGAGGGUUUUCAUUAUUCUGUAUGCUGUAAGUGCGUCGUAUUUUGCUGGUGUCAUGGUACGUCUUAUGCUGACCUUGACCCCAGUGGUGUGUGUCCUGGCGUCCAUAGCGCUAUCGAAGACGUUUGAAAUCUAUCUGAAGGAUGAGCAGACCAAGGAAGAGAAGGAGAAGGAAGAGGAGGAACAGAAGGAGGAGAAAAAUGACAAGUUGUAUGACAAGGCACCAAAAGCAAAGAAAAAGGGAGAAGAACGAACCAUUGAAAAAUCAAAGAAGAAAGAAAAGGAAGAGGCGGUGGGGUUAAACGUGAAGAGUAUUGUAAUCAUCGCCUUCCUCAUGAUGUUAAUGUUGUUUGCUGUCCACUGUACCUGGGUCACUAGCAAUGCCUAUUCCAGUCCCAGCAUUGUAUUGGCCACAUAUGGGCAGGAUGGUACCCGCAACAUUUUAGACGACUUCCGAGAAGCCUACUACUGGUUGCGCCAAAACACGCAUGAAAAGUCGCGAGUGAUGUCUUGGUGGGAUUACGGGUACCAGAUCGCAGGAAUGGGGAACAGGACGACCUUAGUGGACAAUAAUACGUGGAACAAUAGCCAUAUUGCUUUGGUGGGCAAAGCCAUGUCAUCCAAUGAGAGUGCAGCAUAUGAGAUAAUGCGGACCUUGGAUGUGGAUUACGUCCUGGUGAUAUUUGGUGGUGUGAUUGGUUACUCCGGAGACGACAUCAACAAGUUUCUGUGGAUGGUGAGGAUAGCGGAGGGGGAGCACCCCAAGGAUAUCAGGGAAUCUGACUAUUUCACCCCUCAGGGGGAGUUCAGAGUGGACGCAGGAGGUUCUAAAACUUUGCUCAAUUGUCUCAUGUACAAGUUAUGUUACUACAGAUUUGGGCAGCUACAGUUGGAUUUCAGAACGCCACCUGGUUUUGAUAGGACACGAAAUGUGGAAAUUGGCAACAAAAAUUUCGAUCUUCGUUAUGUGGAAGAGGCGUACACCACUGAGCACUGGUUGGUCAGAAUUUACAAGGUCAAGGACAUGGAGAACAGAGAGGAGAAAAAGUUGUCAAAAAAGAUUAAGAGGAAAGCAUCCAGAAAGACAAGUAGAAACAAGAGAGGCAGCAUUAAAAAUAAACCCAAGAUUGUAAAAGGCAAAAAACCUGCAAAAACUACCAACAAGAAGAAGAAGAACUAAAAUAACCCUGUCAAAACCGC